GCCAUUGUAGGCCACGCUAUAUGUUUUUGCGCGGCGGAACGUAACGAACGUUGGUUGUGUUUUCUCCGGCUAUACCGCGAUUCUGUAACUCAUUAUUGGAGUUAACGACACUUUCGUUAUCGUUGCGCAGCGUUUGUAUACCGUAGAAAAGCUGUGCAACAAUAACGGAAGUGUCGUUAACUCCAAUAACGAGUUACAGAAUCGCAGCACUGCUGUCCUUUGUGCUUUUCUUACCUCUUGUUCGACGACCUGGCUAUUCCUUUUGGAGCUUAUUCUGGUUAUCUGACAUUCCUGGCUGUUCUGCAUUGAUUUUGGCUGUUUCUUUACCCGGAUUUAAAUAUCCUUGACGUAUUGCUUCAUGUAUGGAACAAAGUAAAUGGACCCGCAGAGAAUUCAACAUGUUCCCUCCACGCAUAUGGAGGUAGAACUUUCGGGUGCAUCUCUCUUAAACAUCGCUCCAUCCAAUACGGAAGAAACCUUGCAAACUAAUACAGGGGCACUAUACCUGGGCAAACGCAUUCGUUUUGCCCCAUCCUUGCAAAAAGUCAUAAGAUGCCUCAACUGCCAGAGAUUUGGACACGUCGAGGCUCAGUGUCGCGGUGGAGACAAGGCUAGAUCAUGUCACAAUUGUGCCUCUAAUGAUCAUCUAUCUAAGGAAUGCAACUCAAAUAGCAUAGCAUGCAUCAAUUGCAUUAGACGUAUCAAUCAACCUGAAAACUGGUUUUCGAUCAACCCGUCUUACAAUGAUGAUUUGCCGACUCUGUUGGACUUUGCCCCUUGGCUCAAGGACUUUGAUCCCAACUUGGGCAAGGAACAUAACCAAUCACCUACUAAAGACAUCCCGGAAUCAUACUCCUCAGUUAUAUCCAGGAAAAACACUUUAAAAAAGCAGACCUCUAACCGAAGGGCACUUACAGCACGCAGAAGAAAGAGAUAUGUAUUUAUUAUUUGCACAUUGUGGAUCUUGACUGUAUUGUGCAUAUUCUGAUAUAUCAAUUAUUGAUUGCUGUUGCUGCGAUAUAUGCAUCUUGUUAGAUUCCGCAUCUAUACUAUUAUGUAUAAACAAUAUAGGAACCGCAACAUUUAAUAAAACACGUUUAUGCAAACAUGGACUAUAGUCUUCUGGACGAAAAUGUUUAUGGCACACUUUAUUUUUUUGUAUCUCAUUGCUUGGAUAAUUUUCUCUAAAUCUAAAUGUUUCAAUUUCAAACUUUGUACCCAUUUUGAGCAUC